AUGACUUUAGAUAUUGUGUGUAAUUUUCGUAAAUGCAGAAGAUCAUUAUCUAGUCAAGCGUGGGUCACGACAUGUUCACAUGCAUUUUGCGUUGAACAUGGAAAAAGCGAAUUUAGGCAUAACGCUGAGAAUUCAUUGACUUGUCCCGCAUGUGGAAAUGAAUUGCGAGAUAAAUUCGACGUUAUUCAAGCUGAUCUAAAACCAAGUGAAACGUUUAAGUCAAUAGUUUUAGCAGGAUUAAAACCCGACACUAUAAUGGAUGUAGCCAUGCGUGCAAUGUCAUUUUGGUCAUACCAAAUUGAACAAGAAACUUUAUAUCAGGAGACUUUAGCAAAGCAUUCAAAAGAGAAACUUCAGUGUCUAGAAGAAGCCAGUAAUAUAAAUAUGAAAAAACUUCACGCUGAAUUGGAACGUUGCAAACGUAAGAUUACUACAUUACAAACAGAAUUCAAUAAAAAAAGGAAACAAACAGAGGAAUUAAGUGCAAAGUUAGAAGACAAGACACGUAGACUUCAAAAAUUGACAUUUGAACUAGAGUCGUACAAGCGAAAGGAUAUUCGGACAAACAAUUUUCAGGAAAGCAAUACCAGUAAUCGUGAUGUCUUUAUGGAUAUUUCUGAAUUAGUCGUAAAUAGGGUGCCAUCAGAGCCUUUUAUAUUCAAACCAAUGAAAGACCUAGAGGAAUCACGAAGAUUGAAUUCCCCGAAAACGCCGAUGUUUGAUUUUCGUCAUAGAAAUAAAAAUCGACGAGAAAUUAAUACAAGUUUUAAUUUUAGACCGAUACAAUAACUUGCAUGAUUAUA